CAGUGAUGCUGCGUAUCUCAUCGCUGAACAGCGCCACCAAGCCACAGUCAUCAGUGAUUCCCUCCCUUGUCACACUGGACAUCAGCAGCAGCAGCAGCAGCAGCAGCAACAACGACAGCAGCAACGUCAGUAAUAACAAGAACGAGAACAACAAUCGCACUAACGACAACAACAACAAUGGCAGCUUCCAUAUCCAAAUGAUACUGAAGAAAAGAGCAGGCAGCGUGGGAUUGAAACCUUGUCCAGAGAUUCACAUGCCACCACGACAGAGUGCAGCGACCCCAGGCUCUGACUCAACAGCUUCUGCAGCUGGUGCCACUGGUGCAACUACUACUACUACUACAAGUAGUGGUAUUAGUGGUAGUAGUAGAGAUAGAGUUAGUAGUAAGAAUCAGAAUGUUGCUAUCUACGAUGUGGUGAAUGGAGAUGGUGUUUUCUAUCUUCAAUGUGUGAAGAGUUCCAAUGGUACCUGUGAUUAUCUCCUGUUGUCUCCAAAACUUGUUGAAAUUGUUAAGAUAAUAUCUGACCUUGAUUAUUGUUAUUUGUCAACGUAUAUUUGUUGCUCAGCAUCUUUGUCAGACAUGACAUGUGACUAA